AUGAGUCGCAACUUCAUCCCCGCGGCAUUGGCCAUCGGCGUGGGCAUAUUGACCGGCUACUAUACCUUCCAACCCGCACUCCAAGAACUACAAAUCGAGAAACGCAAGCCUCUAUCGACCAGUGGACAGGCAGAGCAAUCGAGGAAUAGUCAAGUGAAGCCUCAGACUGCUACGUCAAGCUCGGAGACCAAGCCGUCGGACCAGCAGAGGUAA